UUCAAAUGUCAUUUACAGCUGGUUAUCAAAGUUGUAUAAAAUUUGUGUUUUUAUUUGCAUUUCCUUAAACAUAAAAAUCAAAUAAACUUGCACAAAAAUGACCCUAGAACUAUGUAAACUGGCCAUUGACGGACUUAAACAUCUAGGCUCGACCAUAAACAUUGAAAUAAGUCGAAAACUUAUUGCCAGCACGGUUAAAAUGUCACUUUACGCUGAUGCUAAUGUUCCCCCCAACCCAGAAAUAUACGCCUCCAAUGCUGAUUAUGCCAAGCAAAGUGAAUUCGCUGUUGCCACACUCCUCUUCCUAGCAACCAAAUACGGAUACGAUGGCACCAAGUUGCGCAACUACCUCGAACAACAUUCCAUAAAUGCAGCCAUCAUUGACGACCUGGUUAAAACCUACGACACCAAUCGCAACGAAUUCCUUAUGAGACUUCUGCGGACCGGCCAUGCUUUCCCACACAUCAGCGACGUUGAAUGGAAAAUCGUUUGCGAUGUCAAGUCCGCAAUGUCCGAUUGCAGUUCCGGUGAACUAACAUUCCAUGUUAAUUUGGGCAAUUAUCGCGAGAAAACAGGCGAACGCGAAACGAUUGUUGAAUUCGUUUGCAACACCGAAGAGUUGCAGUCACUUAUCAAUAAGCUCAAAGAAAUUGAACGCCACUGUGCGAAGCUGUCCUCCGGAGAAUCUCCACAAGUAAAAUAGCAAAACAAUUAUCAAUUCAGAUACCUACAUAUUAUUUUGUUUAUUUAAAAUUAGGAGAAAAUAGAAAGAUUAUUUUAAAUAAUAAGAAGUCAAAAUAAUGAUUUCGAAACAUAAACAUUUAUAUAUUUACUUAUAUAAGAAUUUAUAGAAUUUAGAAAAAAAAGAAAAUUGUAUUUAUUGUAACCCUAGUUGUUGGGGAAAAAACGAUUGAGUUUCCGGGGGAUCUGCUUCUCAGGUGUUAACUAAGCUGUGCAACUUGCUGUAAACUUCUGACUUUGGACUAUUUGUCAUUUAAUGUUAAAUGGAGUCUUUAGAUAAAUUAAUUUUGUACACUUGCAAAAGCGCUUAAAGUUUAUCACAAAAUUCAUAGUUUCGAAAAGCAGAUUCACCGGACUAAAUUAAAUCUACACUUGUUCGUCAAUCAGUGACUUCAAUAAAUCAAAGUUAGAUGGCGCAUUCGAGUAGAUGGCUCCAGAGAAUGCACUGUCUUUGUCCGAACUAAUUAUAAUACAA